UACAUCCGGGCACUUUUAGCAUUGGGAAAAACAUUGCUCUCAAAAACCUCAUCAUUUUUACGCUUCAGCCGAUUGCCAUUAAAUCUGCACAGUUGAUUCUGGUGUUUGAGCAGCAGCCAGCAUGCAGAACGCAAACCAAGGUCAGCAAAAUUGGGGCCAAGGAUAUGGAGGCAACAUGGCGGGUGGCGCGGGCACUGGAGGUGGCACAGGUUCAGUUGCUGUCCCUGGUACUGCUCCCACCGGUGGCCAAGCAAUGAAUCCCCAAGCAUCGGCACAGAUGUACCAGCAGUAUGCCCAAGCAAUGGCAGCUUAUGGUCAGCAGCAAAAUUUUGGAAAUUGGAGCGGACAGAACAUGCAGGGCCAGGGGUAUGGUGGUGGUGCCAAUACUGGUGGGAACUUCGGCUGGAACCAAGGCGGUCAGUGGGGUAACCAAGGUGGUAUGAACCAGGGCCAGAACCAGAUGUGGAAUCAAAAUCAGCAGGGGCAAGGCCAAGGAAACUUUCAGGGUGGGAAUAGAGGAGGAAUGAAUCAGCAGGGUUGGGGGAACAACAAUAUGCCAAUGGGGAACCAGGGAGGCGGAGGUGGUAAUGCAAACCAACGCGGUCAGUGGGGCAACAUUGGAAAUCAGAAUUCUGGUGGAAAUUGGGGGAAUCAGAAUCAGGGCAGGUCUCCAAAACAAGGUGGUGGAAACUGGAACCAAAUGGAUGGUGGUGGUGAUGAUGAUGAUGAGUGGGACAACGAAUCCAUGGAUGGCAGUGUUGGUCAAAAGCGCAAGCAUCGGGGUGGGCAGAAGCUUCGGAAUAGACGGAUGCUACAGGACCAGCGACAGCAAGAGAAACGUGGCGGUGGAAAUAAACAAGUCGGUAGCACCAAUCCAAAUCCAAAUAAGAGACAGCGGAUUGCCAUGGGCAUAGAAAAUCCAAAUGGUAUUAGCCAGGGAGGAAACCAGGGCGGAAACCGCAACAAGUGGGGUAAAGGUGGUGGUGGUGGUGGUGUAGGUGGUAAACAGAAAGAACGUGGAGGUGGCCAGUGGGGACAAAAACAGCAAAAACCACCGGGUCUGCAACAUCAAGCAAACCAAUGGGGCGAAGGAAGCCCAGCCGAUAUGCAGAACAUUCAAAACAGAAUCACAAAAAUUGCUGAUAGAGUCACCAAAAAGUUGGCCAUGGCCAAUUCUGAUGAAGACAAAUUUGACUUCAUUGAGGAAUUCAUCAAGGAGUCGGCCGAGACCCGAGGUGAGGCGCUGUUCAAGUUUGAAACAAUCCUCAACAAGAUGAAAAUGAUGUCGACCCUUGUGUUCUUGCGUGAUCCGAAUAACUCGUCAGUCUGCCGAUUGUACAUAAAUGACAUUUACAUUGCCCAGGGUUUCGGCCUGAACCAGACAAAGUCGAAAGGAAAUUGUUACGCGAUGUCUGAUGAUUUGUUCAAAGAGCGUAACUGGCGUUCGAAACUGGUAUGCGACGAGAAGUUGCGUCAAGACACAUUCCUAAACGACGAUGUUGACAUAACAUUCAUCAGCUACCCUGAGGAGCACAAGACGCUUGAGACGACACAGUUCAACUGUCCGCAGUGGGUGACUUCCGAGUGGUCUGGCAUCGUUUUGUUGGAGAAGACUGGUGUAUUCCAGGGAGCCAAUGGUAUCCUGAAGCAGAGUGCUGAGUUCAAUAAGAUGGUCCUUGAAUAUGAUUACGUGGAGCCUGAGAAAUCGGUUUGCAAGUGUCAGGUGUUGAUCCAGAACACAUGCCUUGGCAAGGCUGAGAAGUCCAAGCGGAACAAGGCAAAGAGUGCAGCGUCGCACGAAGCUCUGAAGAAAAUCAAGGAGACGAAUUGGACUAUCAAGAUCAUAAGGACGGAAUUCCCUGCGUGUGGGAAUAUCGUGCGCAGGAAGACACCAAUGGUUGUUCAGCCUAUCGAGGAAGAUUCUACAAAAGCUAAGACUGAAGACGAUGAUGAGAAAAAGGACGGCAAAAUCGAACCAAAGCUUUCGCUCGAUGAUUUCCUGAAAAUGGAUGGAGAGGAGGCUAAAAAGGAGGUCACCGAGUCGACAGAACUGGCUCAAACCACCAUGGAAGAAGAUGAGGUGAAUGAGUCUGGGUUCACCCCACCGAAAGCCAAUCUCACCCCCAGUGAUGUCUACACCGAGGAGGAGUUGAAUACAAGGAAUACGGAAUUCUACGCGUGGGCCGCUCCGCAGACUGCACUGGAUAAGUUGGUGACCAUGAUCGACGCAUACAAAGCAAAGGAUAGCGUCGAUGAUUUGAUCCUGUCCGGUUUCAAUGUUGAUGAGCGGCACCAUGUUUUGAAUUACUGUAAGUAUAUCGGUUUGGCUUGUGCUCCAAAGAGGUGGUAUGAUGAUGUGUAUUUGUUCAUCAGUUUGAUCUUGGAGCCCCAGGUUCUGCUCGACAGAAUUAUGGCGCUCGGUGGGAAGACUGAUAAAUAUGAGUUGGUUCCGCCCACUGGUACUGAGGAGCCUGUUGUUGAUGAUGAGAUGGCUGAGGUUCAGGCAGCCAUGGCAUAUGUCCCAGAACAGACAAAUGGAAAAGCUUCUGAAACUGAUGUUAAAACUGGUGUUGAAGCUGAAGUUGAAACCAAAGUUGAAACUGAAGUUGAAACAGCUGUUGAAACGGCCACUGAAACAGCAGUUGAAACGGCUGCUGAAACAGCAGUUGAAACAGCAGUUGAAACAGCCGCUGAAACAGCAGUUGAAACGACUGCUGAAACAGCAGUCGAAACGGCCGCUGAAACAGCAGUCGAAACGGCCGCUGAAACAGCAGUCGAAACGGCCGCUGAAACAGCAGUUGAAAUGGCCGCUGAAACAGCAGUUGAAACAGCAGUUGAAACAGAAGAGCCAAAGGCUGCUGAGUAGUUAUGUUUCAAAGUGGUAGGUAUUGAAGGGUCAAUGAAACAAGCUAGUUUAAAGGGAGAGCAGUUGAUAUUAUUGUAUUUUUGCAGUCUUCAGAGACUAAGGAGGAAUGAUUUUCACUCUUUGAAACAGAUUAGACUACCGGUAGUGUGUAGUUAUUUAGUCUGUUAGAAUCUGUAUGGUGUUUCUUUACCAUUUCUGAAACAACUCUGUCCUGUACAUGUUUAUCAUUUCAAAAUAAAGUUCAACCUUUUGUGAGAAGACUUCUCAAAUUCUGUUUAUGAUGCCUGUGCAUUGUCAUGUUUAUGUGUACAUGUAUAUGUAAUGUAAGUAAGACAUUGAUUCAAUGGACCACAAAUUUGAAGGCAAAAUUUGUCACUUAAUGCUGUGUGCAUGUGUGUAAGUAGGCCCUACUGUCUUCAAAUAAAUUCAUUCCAAAUGUUUCAUCGAUGUCAAUUUCUGCCGUCAUCGGCAGAGACAUUUUGUCUUGGUUAAAAAAGUUUAAAACAGAGUAUAAGGGGAUUACACAGAAAAAAAGAGUGUAUCUGGCUUCUAAUUCUUACAUGCUUGUGCCAGGCCUUGCUGACACAUUGUGCAGAAUAUGAAUUGAUACUGAACUAGAAGUACAUGUUCCAGUUGUCCCACCGCUCCAGUGGAGCUGUAAUUCCGCCCAAAACUCUGGCUGCCGCCUUAGUUUUGUUCUUGGUAUUUACUUGUGGUUAGACAACCAAUGCCUUCAAUCCGGUAUCAAUUCCUUAAAACCUAAAUGAUGACGUGUGUGGUGAUGUACAUGACAUGAAAUGCAUUUGUAAUUUAUAUCCAAUUCGGCACAAUUUGGUUGUUCAUUUAUUGUAAUAAUAACUA